GAGAGCGGCGUGUGAAUGGGCGGAAAAGUAAGAAACGUCAGGCAGCGGCUGCAACUGCAGCGGCAUCCACCGGCGAGGGCGAGAAGAAAACGAAGCGAAAAGCGGGGCCAGGCCACGGGCCGGACGCCAGAGGAAGGUCGCGUGGCAGCGCACGCCACCCAAAUCCAAGCCAGGCCAGAAAGCGAGCGCCGACCUCCGCGUCAGCCCGCGCGUGCCGUCGUCGUUGCUAGGCCGCGGCGGGAGAGGGCGGCGGGAGGGAUGAUGGAGGCGGGGGGAGGGGGAGGAGGGUUCAGGGACGAGCGGGUGCCGCAGUGGGGCGUGCAGGAGACGCGGGAGCUCAUCGCGGCGCGCGGGGACCUGGAGCGGGAGGCCGCCGCGGGGCGCAGCGCCAAGACGCUCUGGGAGGCGGUGGCGGACGCGCUCCGGGCGCGCGGGUACCGCCGCACCGCCGAUCAGUGCAAGUGCAAGUGGAAGAACCUCGUCAACAGAUACAAGGGGAAAGAAACAUCUGAUCCAGAAACCGGCAGACAAUGUCCCUUCUUUGAAGAAUUACAUGCAGUCUUCACUGAACGUGCUAAAAAUAUGCAACGUCAACUCCUUCAGUCUGAAUCGGGAACUUCAGUUAAAAAGAAAUUAAAGCGACCUAGCGGUGACCAGUCAUCUGGGGAGUCUGAUGAGAACGAAUAUGGCGUUGAAGUCAGCGAUGAUGAGAAACCCGUGAUAAGCAAAAAGCGGAAGGCUGGUGAUAAGGGGCAACCAUCGCAACGAAUGGCGGAAAACUCAAGGGCCGGCAGUUCAAGCAUCCAUGAUCUGUUGCAGGAAUUCCUAGUGCAGCAACAGCAUGUCGAUAUGCUGUGGCAUGAGACGAUGGAGCGGCGCGCCCAGGAGCGGCUCAUUUUCGAACAAGAAUGGAGGCAGUCGAUGCAGAAGCUUGAGCAGGAGAGGCUGAUGCUGGAGCAGUCAUGGAUAGAGCGAGAGGAACAGCGAAGGAUGAGGGAAGAAGCAACUGCUGAACAAACUCUUACAAGAAGAUCUAUAGAAGACGAAGCUUCUUUGUCAAUGGGGUUGCAGUGCUGGUCUUUUCCCUUGACACGUUCCAGUAGGGCACUGGAUAAGCCGCGGAGGUCGGAGCCGCCCCCUCCACCCGCCGCCGUGGAGGCGAACGAGCAGGAGCAGGGCGACGAGGAGUGGGAGGCCGCGCUGCAGCAGUGGAAGUCCAAGGCCUACGCGCUCUCCGUGCCCCUGCGCGUCGUCGCGCUCCGCGGCUCCUUCCCUCCCGCGUGGAUCAAGGAUUUCGUCGAAGCACAGGGGAAGAGACUCAAAUUCAGCCCUGAGUUCCGCCCUAGUAUUGACGCGCUUUUCUCUGAGUUGUCAAAAUGUGUGGACAAAGGUCAGGUUCAGCCCAAAUCCGCGAUGGCGGCUGAUGUCGUUUCUAUAGGGGACUCUUGGCUCGGCUACGCCAUUCGUAAGGGACUGGUAGAACCUAUCAGCAAUGCUGAAGAGCAGGACUGGUAUCGGAGCCUGAGUGACAGAUGGAAGGUUCAUUUGUGCAGGAACCAGAAUGGAGAGGCAGAUUCUAAUGGCUCAGUAUGGGGUGUUCCAUAUAGAUGGGGCACUGUGGUCAUUGCGUACAAGAAAAGCAAGUUUAAGCAGCAUAACUUGAAGCCAAUACAGGAUUGGGAGGAUUUGUGGAGGCCUGAACUAGCCGGGAAGAUUUCAAUGAUUGAUUCUCCUAGAGAAGUAAUUGGUGCAGUCCUUAAGCAGUUGGGAUCAUCAUAUAACACGAUUGACAUGGAAACAGAAGUUGAUGGUGGUAGGGAAGCAGUCCUAAGCAGCUUUACACAGCUACAAAAACAGGUCCAGCUAUUUGACAGCAUGAACUAUCUGAAAUCGUUUGGAGUUGGGGAUGUUUGGGUCACAGUGGGUUGGAGCAGCGAUGUCAUCCCUGCUGCAAAGCGAAUGUCCAAUGUUGCUGUUGUUGUUCCCAAGUCAGGCAGUAGCCUCUGGGCUGAUUUAUGGGCGAUACCUUGUGCUACAAGGUUUCAGACUGAUAAAAUCGGGGGCAGAACUAGAGGCCCAUCUCCACUCAUCCACCAGUGGUUCGACUUCUGUCUGCAGAGUGCCAGAAGCUUGCCCUUUCGCCAGGAAAUCACCGCAGGAGCAUCGCCGCUGUUCCUCGAAAACCCAGCUCCAGAGGUUCUGCAAGAUCGAAACAAGAAGAAGCCAAAGCUGGAGAGUAACCUUGUCAGGGGAGUACCUCCCCCUGAAAUCCUGGAAAAAUGUGAGUUCUUAGAACCUCUAUCAGACAAAGCGGUGGGUGACUACCAGUGGUUGAUGUCGAGAGUGCAGAGACCACGCGGCGGUCUGCUUGGAAACGUGCUGCAAAGGAUAUCAACCGUGCUAGACUUGAAAUCGAGAUUUUAGAGCACACACCUAUCGCCACGAAGUUCAUCAGUCAUAAGUAUUUUUGCGAGACGACCACUAACAAACCAAUAGUUCAGACCAUGCAUAGGAUCCACUUCUUACAGCAGUACCACUUCUAAAAACCUCCCGUUGGAGAUUUAAUGUAAUCCGACUCUGAGAUUUGGACGAGAAAUGCUGCGGAUCAUCUCGGAAACUUUCUCGGUUCGUAAAGGAACAAGGUACGACUUGUUGAGCACCACA